AUGCUUCCGUUAAAGCUAGCUCGCUCUCUUCUCCUCCACGAGACUCUCAACCUCACUCACAACUCCGGCGAACCAAACGAAGUUGAUGGAGGAGAAGGCGAAACCAGCAUUCGAGAGAUCCUAAGCUCACAAUCAAAAACCCGAUCGAGAUCCAAGAACACGAGGAAGAAUCCGAAAACGCCGUUGCUCUUCUUCGUCCCCUCGCGAGAAUUGAUCUCGGAAACUUACAGAUUAGCAUCAAUCGCGAGAGAUCUGGGGAUGGAUCUGUACCCAACGCCUUCCCUCUCCCACAUCAUCUUCUCGUUCCCGCCGCGGGAAUCCGGAUCUGCGCCGUCGCCGUUCUCCACGUCUUCGUCUCGUCCUUCGACUUGUUGGUCUUCCUCCGCGGCCUCGAUGUCUUCGUCUCUCUCGUGGUCUCUUCCUAACGACGCGGUGAUGCUCUCUUUCCCGUCUCUCUCGGUUUCGUCGAUCUCGCAUCUCAGAUCAUUCGUCUCCCUCUCCAACGGCUUGUUCAAGCUCGUGUUCUCCCCCGCCGCCGUGGAUACGCCUUCCUCCUCCUCCGUUAGCAAUUGGGAUUGCUGCUCUGUUUCUCUCUUCUCGAGACUCACGAGCGCACGAAUCGGAUCGAUGGAGAGUUUCUCGCAGGCGUUGGCUUCGAACGGAUGGACGAUUUACAAGACGAAAGCUAAUCAAUCGACCGGGAGCUGCUCGGCGUAUCUGUUUAGGAAAGUGUACUCGGGUCGGGUUAUGAUGACCCGGGAGGGAAAUGGUGGGUCGUGUAGAGUGAGAGAGCUGAGACUUCCUCAGUUGGAUUUCGAGAACGCUCCUCUCAGGAUUCUGCAGUAUCUGAUGUUGAUGACUGACCAUCUCUUCUUCCUUGCAUAGCUUAUAAUUUUAUGUUUUGUUUCUACAAUGUUAAUAUAAUUUCAUUGAUAAAGGUUUUGAUCUUUAGGCAUGUAAAUCAACAAGGUCUUCCUCUAUCAUCUUCGUUCUCGGAUCUUAACAGAUUUCAUUAAAACAGUUUUUGAAACA